CGUCAUGGCUGACACAGGCUGGCCAGGCUGUACGAAGAGUUUGAAAGGUGUUAUUUUGGACUUGUGUGGAGUUUUGUAUGACAGCGGGGAGGGAGACGGAGUUGCUAUCCCUGGCUCCAUAGAGGCUGUGAAAAGACUCAAAGAGUCAGACCUGCAGCUGCGUUUCUGCACCAAUGAGACCCAGGCAACCAGAGAGACGUUCGUAGCCAAACUCCAAAGACUGGGUUUUGACAUUUCUGUAUCUGAGGUCUUCCCUCCUGCCCCUGCAGCCAUUGCUGUUCUCAAGGAGCGGGGUUUGAGGCCCCACCUGCUGGUGCAUGACGGACUUCUCCCUGAGUUUGAUGCCGUAGAUAAGACCAACCCAAACUGUGUGAUCAUUGGAGACGCAGCUGAAAACUUCUUGUACCAGAACUUAAAUGAGGCAUUUAGGGUUUUGAUAGGAUUGGAAAAGCCAGUGUUAUUCUCCCUUGGCCAGGGACGAUACUACAAGGAGACAGAUGGGUUAAAACUAGAUGUUGGUGUUUACAUGAAGGCUCUUGAGUAUGCUUGUGAUUUAAAAGCAGAAGUAAUUGGGAAGCCAUCACCAACAUUCUUCCAGAGUGUUCUCAGUGACAUGGGACUGAAACCACAUGAGACUCUAAUGAUUGGAGAUGACCUUGUGAACGAUGUGGGAGGGGCCCAGUACUGUGGCAUGAAAGGUGUGCAAGUCAGGACAGGCAAAUACAGGCCAAGUGACGAGAGGCACCCAACUGUGAUCGCUGAUGCAACUGUGGACAACUUGGCCCAUGCUGUGGAUGCGAUCCUCGGUCAGAGAGGGUGCAGCGCCUGAGAACCCUCCACUUGCUGUGACUUAGAGCCGUCCAGGCCCACUGUCACACUGUAGUGCUAACUUAUGGCUCAUAAAAGUGUUGUUUCAUAUGAGGAGGUUCCUCAGUGUUGAGGUAGUUGAAGAAAACUGUGAAAAGAAUUACCAGAACUAUUCCCAUGUUGUCUAGCCACUAUAAACUGUGCUGUUAAACAUGGGAGCGGAUCAGCCAUCUGCUUGCCCUACAUAGUGUUAAUGUAACUCCCGUGAAACCUAGCCUAGAUGGUUCUAAGUGCUCUCGAACUGCGCUGUUCAUUUGUCAGUUCAUGUUUGGCAUAGAUGGGAUCCCUCAAGCUUGACACGAAUGAGCAUCUAACCAGCUGCUGAUCGACAGUUAGAUGUGGAAAGUCGAGGCCUUCAGAGUCGUUGGAAACAUGUACAGAAGUGCAGCUGAGAAUGACUGUGAUCAAGUUGCUGUAUGUGUCAUAACACAAAUGAUGGCUGUGCAUAUGAACUGGAUAAUAUUACACAUUUAGUUAGAAAAUAAAGAUAAUUUAUUCUCUUGACGUUUUCAGAGUAAUGGUCAUGGAGACCCUAAAAGUUUCAAAGCACCUGGGAAAAGUUUUUCUUAUGUUUCCUUAGUUUUUGAACCUUAAUUCGUAGCAGAAAAGCCUUUUGUUUGCACAGCAGUAAAACUCUAGAAAUGGGAAGUGAGUUAAUCUCAGAGAGAGACACGAUGAUUCACAGUGAUGUUACAUUUAUAACCACAAAGUACAAUGUGUUGUGUUGGAAUUUUAUAUGCUAGACCAAGGGUCAGCAAACUGUGGUUGUUCAACCUCUCUAGGCCCUUUACAGCGGCCCUUCAUGUCUUUGUCCGGAAGAUCUGAGCAGUAUUCUUAAAUAUAAAAUCAAUACAAAAGUCCAGACAUGGUCAGCUGUGUUUGGUUUAUUUUCCCAAGUUAUCUGUGCAAAGACUUACCAAAACAGAACAGAAUUUAUUUUUAGCUCAUUCCUUUGAUCAUUAGGCUACAAACUGCAUGCUUGUCCACUUUAUUUAAUAAUACAUAUGAAUCUUUCAUUUAAAAAGUCAUUUCCUAUUAAAACGUUGGUCUUUCCUUUAUUCUGGAACCUAAAAUUGGAUGUUAAAUUGCAUUUUUUUUAACUACCAAACUGAUACAUUUUGCAUUCUAGGUGUUCAUAAAAUUUCUUCAAAGGGUAGAGUAAGUUUUGUAGCUCUACAUAAAUUAUAUGUAUUGAGAGCGAUUUCAAAAAUGGUAAUAUUAGCUGGCCCCUGUAAUAGAUUAAUAAAAAUGUGUUUAAAAAUAAUUUUUUGGUAAACUAGCAUUUAUUUUUUUUCCCAAUCUGCCUUUCCACCUCAAAAUAAUUCUAGGGCUUACCAACUGCCUUCAGAGUCACUUUUUAGUGAUUAUUCUCAGUAAAAAUCCAGCAGCACUUUGAAGGCCUCAGAGGUUUGAAUCAUAAAUGAACAAACAGCAUCAUGAUGACCAAAGAUCACAACAGGCAGGUCAGAGAUAACUUGGUGGAGUUGUUUAAAGUAGGAUUCAAUUAUAAAACAAUAUCCCAAGAUUUGAUCAUCACAAAAACCUAAUGCUAAUGCUAGCUUUAUGUGUUAAAUCACAUAAAAUUAGCAUGCCACAACUACGAACUUAACAAGAUCGGGCCAUCAAGCUAAAUAGUGAGCCCAUGCAAGGAGAGCAUUAACUGUAAGCAGCCAAGAAAUCAAAUAAGACUUAGAAGAAACUGAUGAUAGCACAACUAAUAGUUUUGCAGAACACAAAUCUAUUUUUAGGGAAGUUGAAUUGCUGAAAGAAAGCCAAAAGAAUUCCCCGCUGCAUUUUGCCACAAGCCUUUUUAGAUGACAGAGUUGAUGGGAAGAUGGGCUCAGAAAAUUACAGGGCAAUCCUGGUAGAAAAUGUGUGAGGCUGCAGAAGACCAGAGACUGGGGCAGAUGUUUACCUUCAAGCAGGACAACAACCUUAAAAAGAGCUACUGAUUUAGAUAAUUAGCUAAAAACUGCAUUCCUUUCUCCUCACUACAUGAUUAUGUGCUGAAUCGAAGAAAAUGAAGCAGGCACUCCAUAGGUGAAGAGAGAAGAAUCACAAAUCUCUGCUUAUGUUUAUUGUUUUGACUUGAAUUCCUCCCCUGCUGGCCUCUGAUCGUUACGUCACAUGUUGUCUGCACUGCGCUGUACAGAGAGGGCUGAUAAAAUGAUGAGUGUGUAAAAUCUGUGCAUGCCAGCUGGAUCACAGAGGCCUUUUUGAAGUGGAGCAUAAAACAAAUGAUUCUCAAUUGCCUGCCCCCAAGGUCCCAGUGUACAUUCUGCGAGAACAGAAAUCUGCUGCCAAGUGAUUCAUUGAGGUCUGACUGGUUCAUUUCACCAUUAGCUGACACACAUGCUUGAAUGUUAUUGGACAAUUAGAGGUAAUAAAAAUGCUGCAAAGUGUUAUGAAACCGUGUCUGAGCUGGCUGUGUCGCUGCUCCUUGAGAUUGCUUAUUAAAUAUUAAUGUACCCGGCAAAGUGCUAGCAGCUGGUACUGCUGGUGCUCUGUUUUCUAACAGCUUAUGCUCUGUUUGAAUGAGUGUUUUGUCUGUGAUACUUCCCUGCCCGUUGGCCUUGUAUGAGAAGCAAUUAAACAUUCAUUUCAUUGGU